CGGGGGUUCCAACCGCUCCCUGCGGAAGGAGGAGGUCGUGAUGGCGGCUUUGGAGCCGGAAGUGUUUCCCCCAGCCUCUGUCCCUGAUUUGGAAUGGUAUGACAAAUCGGAAGAAGCUCCUGACCCCCAGAUAGAACUGCUUGAGACUCAGUCUGCCCCGGAACCUCCCAACCCUUCAGAAGCCUUUUGUCCGAGAGACUGCUUGGUCCCCGUGGUGUUUCCGGGGCCUGUGAGCCAGGAAGGCUGCUGCCGCUUUACGUGUGAACUUCUAAAGCACAUCAUGUACCAACGCCAGCAACUGCCUCUGCCCUACGAACAGCUCAAGCACUUCUAUCGCAGAACAUCUCCCCAGGCAGAGGACACAGUGAGGAAGAAACCUUGGACUGCUAGCGAGGCAAGCAGCAGGAAGUGCCAGCAAGCCCUGGCGGAACUGGACAGCGUCCUCAGCCACCUCGGGGACCUCUUUGCCCGGACACUGGUACCGCGAGUGCUCAUCCUCCUCGGGGGCAGUGCCGUAAGCCCCAAGGAGUUCUAUGAACUUGACCUGUCCCGGCUGGCUCCCCUCAGCGUGGACCAGAGCCUGAGCACAGCCACGUGUCUGCGGCGUCUCUUCCGAGCCAUCUUCCUGGCAGAUGCUUUCAGUGAGCUACAGGCUCCUCCGCUCAUGGGCACCAUCGUCAUGGCCCAGGGUCACCGCGACUGUGGAGAGGAGUGGUUUCGACCCAAGCUCAACUACCGGGUGCCCACCCGGGGUCACAAACUCACUGUGACCCUGUCCUGCGGCAGACCUUCCAUCCCAGCCUUGGCCUCCGAGGAUUAUAUUUGGUUCCAGGCACCAGUAACGCUUAAGGGUUUCCAUGAGUGACUGAGGACGCUGCUUAUGUGCUGUCCCUCUGGGCCCCGGUCACCCGGUCACCCAUCUCUUUGUGAGCUGCUUUUCUUCCUGGUGAGAGAAGGCAGCUUCAGAUGUGGCCAGGCCAUGAUCUUUGUCACUAAGCAACCUCUGUGAACCUGAGUUGGUGCUGGGUCACAUUUCUGUUUGGAGUGGGCAAGCAGAGAUGGGGCCAUACACAUUCCUAUAGGAGUGGCCUUUUCUGCAUUAGCUGUAUCCUUUCAGGAUUUUUGUGAGAGUAAUGUGUGUGUGUGUGUGUGUGUGGCUUAUGAUGGAUGAAUUUGUUUAUGAAAUGAAUAGAAUCAUAUUAAAUUUUCCUGAAAUUAUUGAUUCAAAGAGACUUCAGCUUUGAGGCUGUUUUUCUUCUGGGCUUCUUUAGCAUCAGGGCUUC